GAUAGACGUGUAGUUGGGUGUGUGGUUGUGUAUGUGCAAUAAACAAUAAUACUCGUGUUUAUAUUUGGAAUAUUAAUUGUAACUAUAAUAUGAAUGAUUUCGUUAAGUGAUAGAGGAUUUGCGAGUAGCGGCCGGUCAUGGAUUCCAGCAGCAGCAACCGAGGCUCCACGGGGCAGCUGUCCAGUGCGGGCAGCACGGGCGCCGCCCAGGGUAUGCACCACUCGCUCUCGACGCCUGCCGGCGUAGACGGCGGAGCCAGGACGCCGCCCGCCACUCCUAAGAAGGGCGGCAAGAUGCUGGCCAUCCGGGUCCAGAUGCUCGACGACACCGUCACCAUCUUCCAAGUGCAGGCCAAAGCAGUAGGAAGAGUAUUAUUUGAGCAGGUCUGCAAGCAACUACAUCUGUUAGAAGCUGACUAUUUUGGAUUAGAAUACUCAGAUGUGAAUGGAACUAAGUAUUGGCUAGACCUUCAAAAACCGAUAUCCCGCCAACUGGGACUUUCUCUAGUCGACCCUCUACUCUAUUUCUGUGUCAAAUUUUACACACCCGAUCCUGGACAACUAGAAGAGGAAUACACCCGCUACCUAUUCUGUCUUCAAGUUAAAAGAGAUUUGUCGCAGGGUCUGAUGCAGUGCAAUGAGAACACUGCCGCGCUUAUGGCCAGCUAUAUCGUACAAGCCGAAUGUGGAGAUUAUGUAGCUGAAGACUAUCCUGAUCACACUUAUCUCUCCAGCUAUAAGUUCGUACCUCAGCAGGACCAAGAGAUGGAGAGGAAGAUUAUGGAGAAUCACAAGAAACAUGCUGGACAGUCUCCUGCCGAAGCUGAUUUGAACUUAUUAGAAACGGCUAGGAGAUGUGAAUUGUAUGGUAUAAAAAUGCACCCAGCUAAAGAUCAUGAAAAUGUACCAUUGAACUUAGCUGUAGCACAUAUGGGCAUUAUAGUAUUCCAAAAUUAUACCAAAAUAAACACCUUCUCUUGGGCGAAAAUUAGAAAAAUAUCAUUUAAAAGGAAACGGUUCCUCAUCAAGCUACAUCCCGAGGGAUAUACUUAUUAUAAGGACACUGUGGAAUUCUUCUUCGAAGGCAGGAACGAGUGCAAAAAUUUUUGGAAAAAGUGUGUCGAGAAUCACGGUUUCUUCCGUUGUGCUUCUGUAAAGAGCGUAUCUAGACACAAAACAAGGGUUCUCUCAAGAGGCAGCUCAUUUAGAUAUAGUGGAAAAACACAGAAGCAGAUAGUGGAAUUUGUGAGAGACAAUUACGUGAAACGCCAAACAUUCCAAAGGUCACAUUCUUUCCGUCAUUCUAGUGCUCAUUCUAGUGCCUCCAACAUGCACUCCAACACUGUCGGGAACAGCAUUUCCGCCCAUCCUCUGUUGCCUCUAGCAGACAGCAAUUUGAGCGUGGAAGUGUCCAAACUCUCGGCAUCGUUGGGUUCGAUGGGCGUAGCUGUGGGGGGGCAGGCUUCUCCGACGAUGAAGUUAGCCUCUCGCCACCUCGGCACAGCUAUAUCCUGGAGCUCGGCCCCCGACACGCGGCCUACCACACUGCUUGCUCAGACGACGAACUCGCCGUCACCUCCUCUGACGACGCAAUCGGCAUCACCCGUGACUUCUGCGACUACGAGUCCACUUCAUAUGCCGUACGAGGAACCGAAGUCGAAUCGCAUUAUCACCAGCUCGCCACUCGCCGUCCGCGCAGCUGUUCACAGGGCAGAUACAGAUGACAUUAAAAAAGAGAUAUUGGAGCGGACCAAUGAAAUGGAUACAAAAAUCACAGACAAUAAUAAUUUCUACACGUCUACUCCACACAAGCAAAUUAACGGCAAUAUAUCCGACGUAUCCUUGAAUGCAACGAAUGGCAAUUAUAGCUUAAACAAAAUGGACGACAGUCCAUUACGAAAUUAUGCAAAAGAGCAGCUUAUGAAUAGCAUAAAUGCCAACACAACCACCAAUACUAAUGGGACGAACACCACUACGAUUAUAGCCGAGAUUGAGGGGGAAGUUAAAAAGAAGCCCAGGCAUCUAGUCGACAAGACUUAUUAUAUCGCAAAGGAAAUAUUAAUGACCGAACUUACUUACAAGAAAGAUUUAGAUGUUAUAAAUGUCUGGUUUAGAGAUGAAGUCGGUAAGGAAGAACCAGAAGAGUGUCAGAUCUUGUUGUCGCUAAUAGCCCCUCUAGCACAAGCCCAUGGGCUGUUAGUAAGAGAUCUAGAACAAAGACUGCAAGGCUGGGACGGUAGAGGUGGACCUAGGGCAAUAGCUGGAAGAAUAGCAGACGUUUUGUUGGCUCACCUUCCUCCCCUGUUACCUAUAUACGAGGAAUACUUAGACGGUCAUAUGUUAGUACUGGAAAGACUAGAUAUAGCUUUUAAACAGAAUAGUCGGUUCGAGCAGUUAUAUCGUGAUUUUGAGACUCAGAAGGUCUGUUAUCUACCUCUAACCACUUUUGUUCUGAAACCACUGCAUAGGCUUCUACAGUAUCAGUCUCUUUUGCAAAGACUCCUUAAACAUUAUGGGCCAAAUCAUCCGGACAGGACUGACUGCUUAACCGCAAGUGACACUUUGAAAGAUCUAAUGAUUCCAGUAGCUGAAACAUUGGAGCAGUCAGAAAAUUUAGCUACGUUGUGUGAAUUGCAAAGGGAUAUUGUGGGAUUCGAUAACCUUAUUCAACCGGGCAGGAAAUUUAUCAGACACGGAUGCUUACUGAAACAUUCCAGAAAGGGAUACCAGCAGAGGAUGUUCUUUUUGUUUUCUGAUAUACUUCUCUACACGUCACGAUCGCAAGCCACACUUCAGUUUAAAGUCCAUGGUCACAUGCCCCUGAGGGGCGUUCUUAUAGAAGAGCCGGACGGUGAUUUAAUGUUUAAUGGUCUUGUGAUUUACGGGGGAAAUAGAGCCUUAACUGUAGCAGCCAGUUCUGCCGAGGAAAAGGAAAAAUGGAAGACUGACUUGCAGAAUGCUAUUCAAAUGGCCAGAGACAAGUCCGACACAAAAAUUACAUAUUUGAGCCUAAAAAGUUGCAGCUCAUCCGAUGAACAUGUUGAUCAAUGUGCGAAUAAUGAGGUCAGUACGCAAACAAAACCCCAGGCCCAAAGGAGUAAUACAACGGUUCAUGUUUGCUGGCAUAGAAGUACUAGUAUAAGUAUGAAGGAUGAACUUUUAGCCGUAGAGAAUCAAUUAUCUGGGUACUUGUUGAGAAAAUUUAAAAGCAGCAACGGUUGGCAGAAACUCUGGGUGGUGUUUACGUCUUUCUGCCUCUUCUUCUACAAAGGGUGUUUAGAUGAUUUUCCUUUGGCCUCUUUGCCUUUACUCGGGUAUUCCGUAGGGCCUCCGUCACCAGAGGAUGAGAUCGGAAAGGACUAUGUCUUUAAACUACAAUAUAAGAAUCACGUGUACUUCUUCCGAGCAGAAUCGGAAUACACAUAUAACAGGUGGAUGGAGGUGAUAGCUAGUGCGACUCAGUCUAGAGUUAAGAGAAAACUAAAUUUAAUCACUGAUGAAAACUCUAUUGAAACUUCUCCCGAAAAAUAAAACAUUAAUAAUGCUCAAUUUUCCAAUAAGUUUUAGGAGAGACAGUUAAGAAAGCAGAGGUAAUUGAGUAGACGUAAUUGGCAACAUUUAUUAAAAAAAAAGAUAAUACUAAUAACUGUUUCACAAUAUAUUUUUUUAAUUGUCUGUAAAUAAAAUAAUUUUAUAAUUAAUUAAUAAUACACAAGGCAAUCCAUAAGGGAAGUAUUAUAUCAUAUAAGUAACUUUUAAUUGCUAAAAUAACAGAAGUAAUCUAUAAUAUUCAUUACUGACUUUAUUUGUCUGUUGUUGAUUUUAGAUGAUGCAUCACUGAGUAGGAUAGACUUAACUGUUAGCGUUUUCUGGCGGUUUGGCAAACCAGAUUGAACUACGUUAAAGUCGUUAACCAACAGUAAGAAGAAUUUUUUUAGAAUUUGUGCCACGAUAGUCAAAGUACACACACAUGCAGGUUCAAAUACAAGCCGCAUGUAAUUUCGGAACCGUUUCAACGAAGGAUUUGUUACUUUAAAUGUGGUUCAAUACGGUUCCAACCAAUGCUGAAAAACGACAUAUAAACAAAAAGAAUACCUCAUAUUUCUUACUUUGUUUAAAGUAUUAUAAAAUGCAUUUAUUUGUCGCAAGUAAUAUUUUUAAUCUAGAUUUUUAAAUAAUUCGUUAGUUAGCCUUUGAUAUCAAAGAUUUUUAUUUCUAUUCCAAAUUACCUAUUAAUUUAAAGUGACAUGUUUGUCAUAAAAAUAUAGUUGUGAAAAAGGUAGGUAGCUCUCACACAUUUUUCUUUCUUCGGGAUUUACUGUACUAAAUAGUUCUAAAAAAUUUUAGCCAUAUCCCAAAAAAAAAAACAGUAUUUCUUGUAAAUUUUCUUCUACAGUUGAGAUAGGUUGUCUUAAGACAGUAUUAAUGGAGCGUUAAAUUUAGAGUGUGUGAUAUGCAACUUUUCCCAUUCUGUUAGAAAUUGGUACAAACCAGAGGCGGUCAUCCAUAAGCGCUGAAGAUCCACAUAAAUUAUAACAGAAAUGCAGCAGAAGCAGAUUACUAAAAUCAAAAUUUUAUCAAAAUUCGAUGCAGCGAAUAUUAAAUUAUUAUUUUUAUUAUUAUUUUAGUAGUUUAGUCUUAUAAUCAAUGCCCGACACAAACUAUACUAAAGCGGCUCUUGGAAAUCAUCGGAUUGGAUCGGCACCACUAACUUGCAGCUCAAAUCCUAUCUUGUACAUAUACACAUGUGGAAUUAAAAAAACUAAUUGGAUUUAUAAUAAAUAGUUUAUGAGAAUAAAGGAAUUUUUGUAGGAACAGGGGUGCCAGGUGUGAACUGACCCCUUCAUCCCUUAAUGCAUAAAGAAAUUAUUCAAUUUCUGCACCCCUUAAAACCGUACUGCACUGGAUCUCUUGACAGGCAAUGAUUUAUUACUUUGCAUAUGAUCCUACCCUAGAGUUUAGUAUCUUCGUGACAGUUGAAGGGAUGGCUGUGUUUCAUUGUUUCUGUGCUCUCCUCCUAAUUUAGAUCUUAAGUAUCUAGUUGGUUUAAAUAAAAAUGGAAUUUAAAUUGGGCGAAACUAAAUUUGAUAAAUAGUGUUUUAUUUAACUAUACAAGGAGAUGAGCAACCCCUAACCUGAAAAUUUUACCAAACCCCUACUUCAGUGGCGGCUCGUGACAUUGAGAAUAGGUGAAGCAUAUUCAUUGAUUGACUAAAAAGAAAAGCCGCUGGCACUU